AUGGUCAACGCGGUCACAGCCAUAAUGGAGUAUGCUAUGUUGUUAGUUGACGAUUUGCUUACGGACCUGGACUUCUAUUUGUCCGAGCGGAUCCCAAUCCGAUAUCUCCAGAAGCGCUAUGAGCUGCUAAAAGGACUGUUGAAAGCGAACCUCGUGUCGUUUUCCGACAGUCAGUGGGCUUCACCAAUUGUGAUAGUCCUGAAGAGGAAUGGGGAAGACAUCCAAUUAUGCAUUGACUAUAAAGUGGUCAACGCGGUCACAGCCAUAAUGGAGUAUGCUGACGCUUUGCUUACGAACCUGGACUCCUAUAUCUGGUUCUGCUCACUCGACGCAGCGAGCGGAUUCUGGGCCAUCAUGAUGACGCAUAGAGCUCGCAAGAUAUCAGCAUUUGUUUACCCACUGGGGCAUUUCGAAUGGCUCCGAAUGCCAUUCGGACUUAAAAAUGCACCGAUGAUCUACCAGCGCAUGAUAGAUAAUGCACUAUGGGGAUUCGUGCAGCCAAAGGGUGUAUGGCGAAGUUUCGCAGACAAGAUGAAAGCUGCAGAAGAUCUCGCGAAGAGUCAAAAAGAGCAUAGUGCCGAACACUCUGCCAAGUCAUGCGGUGAACCACUGAUAGUCAACACCAAGUUGCAGCAGAUCGAAAUGAUGUGGAAAAUCAAUUUUCCUAUACUGAAGUUGUGA